AUGUCAGUGGCUGGAUUGUGGACAAUUACCUAUUUCUUUAACCUCAUAUUGUUACUUUUCUCUCUGGUUGUCCUAGAAGCAGAUGGCUAUCAACCCUAUCUGAUAUCUCCAGAGAAGGGUUUAAUAUCUUUGAUAAAAGGUGUCUUGGAGCUAGCAAAAGAGCCAUCUUGUUUAUGCGUUGAUGAGGUUCAUCGUGUGUUGUUGAAUAUUGUUAGCGCUGCUGCAAAUGCUACACCUGGUCUAGGGAGAUAUGCUCCUUUCAAGAGAGAGGUUGUGGCAAUUGCAAAUGCUGCACUUGGUUUUAAAAAUGAAUCAAAAAAGAUGGUAGUUGCACAAGUGGACAUGGAGCGUGCAUUUGUUCUCCUUCAGCAUUUCAUUCACCUGGUGCAAAGGCGAAUGGAGAGACAACGACGAGAAGAUGAAGUGAAGAACCGGUCCUCCAAGAAGGCAGCCAAUGCAGAGCAGUCAAUUCUAAAUCGAGCAAUUAGUCCUCAAACCAGUGGACAACAAUCUGAAGGAAACUUAAAAUCGUUGAAGGAUAAACUAAGCAAGAAAGAAAAAGAUGUAUCGGAGAGCUCAGCAUUUAAAGACUGCUGGACCGGUGGUGAGAUAACAGUGGGUUAGUAAUCAAACUGAGCA